AUGCCUAUCAACGGAGGAGCAACAACCAUCCCACUCGACGACAUCGGUGAUGGGGCCUCUAGCUACGCCGAUGACCCACCCGACUCCCCCGAAAACGAACCGCCGCCUAGCGCCCCGCCCUCGCCGCCAAAAGCCCCAAUCGUGGAGCAGGGGAUGAUAUGGAUUUCAUACACGCCGAGCGCGCAGGCGCGACACAUCGGAGACAACAAGGGGAUCCGGCGUGAAAGAGCUAUCGACGUUGACGUCGACCCAGCCGAUUCCACCGAUGUCGACGUCAUCACCUCCGCGGCCACCGCGCUUUCGCUCGACGACACCGUGGAGAAUAAAAGGGCUCCGAGCCCUGUCUCGCGCACGCCCCUGGCGGGCGCCGCGGACCAGUUCCGCGAGCGCUCGUCAGCGGGUGGUGUGCGGUUUUUGCCGUAG